AUGCAGCAUUGCCACGACGAGCACUCGGCUCUCGGCGGCCACGACCAUGGCCACGACCACGACCAUAACCACGACCACGACGACGAGGUGGAGGACGCCAACGGCGACUCGCUCUACCCCUUCAUCGACACCAGCAAGGUGCGCGUGCUAAACGCGCUGGACCCGGAGGCUGCGUCCAACCCGUUCAAGCCGUUCCACGAGCGCCAGGACCACUCGCGCUUCUUGAUCAGCAACGAGGACGACCCGGAGAUGAUCCUGUUCAUCCCCUUCACGGAGGCGGUGAGCAUCAAGUCCAUCUGCAUCUCGGGCAGCGCCGGCGACGGGGAACACCCCAAGGCGGUCAAGCUGUUCACGAACCGAGACGACAUCGACUUCUCCAAUGCCAACGAGCUGCCGCCACAGCAGCGACUGGAUCUGAUCGAAGAUGAAUCGGCAAAUAUCGACUACCCACUCCAGGUGCGCAAGUUUCAAGGCGUUAGCAGCGUGACACUUUUCUUCGAGGACAGCUACGGAGGCGACGAAACCAAGAUCUAUUAUAUCGGCCUGAAGGGUGAAAGCAAGAAAUGGCGCCAUGGCGUCGUCGAGUGCGUGUACGAGGCUCGUCCGCAGCCAUCUGACCACAAAGUCAAGGAUACGAUCGGAUCCACGUCGCUCAUUUAG